AUGACCCGCGGAAAUCAGAGGGAAUUGGCUCGCGCCAAACAUCAAAAGAAACAGAUGGAGAUGCAAAAGAAGAAAACAGCUAGUGAAAAAACUGGGUUGUCUCUCUCUGAAAGAAAACAUAGGGAUGCUGAAUUAAUGCGAGAGAAGCAACGAAGAAAAGAAGAACAAAGUGCACAAGGUAAACAGAAACAAGCAGUACAUUAA